CGCCCCCCAUUCAUAUCCCCUCCCUGCUGUCAAGUGGCCUCCCCUUCCCCCCCCCCAGGUUGCUCCCGGGAGCCUCCAAUGCCUUGACCUCUUCCAAUGUCACCUACGGUCCCUUUAGUCUCAGCCCAAACAAAAACUUUAAUGCAGAGGAAAAGCCUGGACUGGUUUCACAGGCCUUUUAAAAAGCGGACUUAAAAGUUGCUGGCAAUGCAUUCCUUGUCAUCCGAGGCGAGGGCAAGCCCUCGCUGAAGUCUGGGUGACCCGUGUCGUUUUCCGGAGCGCGGGGUAGAGCAGCAGGAGCGGCAGCUAGUUUGGCAGGAACUCUGUCGGAAGAUGAAGAAACCGAGAUAGGAGGUAGGGUGGGCGACUUCCCCAGGAAAAGUUCUGGAGAAGCAUCCAGAGGUGAUCACCGUUUCCUUUAUGUGCGGGAAUCGAGAUGACUUUAGUGUUACUGCCCCUUUUACAGCAUCCCUGUGAAUAUUUGUUUUUCUUCUUGGAGAGAAAGAAACUUACUCAGCCCGCGAAAGACACUCAAACUCAAGCAACUGUGGGGUCGCCCCGCAGUUGCAGGACUUCGAGUUGAUCGACCGCGGACAUAAUCGGAACGGCUGUUUACAUGUGUUCACUUGGGUUUGACCUCAAUGUACUGACUUGUGGCGAUUCGGUGACUGUGAACUCCCACGUAUGUACUGUUUCCUUCUAAGCCCGCUGACCAUUCUGGAGGAUCUCGAACCCUCUUCUGGAAAGGGGUGCCUAUCAUUGCUUUAUGGGGCAGCAGCCUGGAAAAGUUCUUGGGGACCAGAGGAGGCCAAGCUUGCCUGCCCUGCACUUUAUCAAAGGAGCAGGGAAGAAGGAGUCAUCGAGGCACGGGGGUCCGCACUGCAAUGUCUUUGUGGAACACGAAGCCCUUCAGAGGCCAGUAGCGUCUGACUUUGAGCCCCAAGGUCUGAGCGAAGCGGCUCGUUGGAACUCCAAGGAAAACCUUCUUGCUGGUCCCAGCGAAAAUGACCCCAACCUUUUUGUUGCACUGUAUGAUUUUGUGGCCAGUGGGGAUAACACCCUAAGCAUCACUAAAGGUGAAAAGCUCCGGGUUUUAGGCUACAACCACAAUGGGGAAUGGUGUGAGGCCCAAACCAAAAAUGGCCAAGGGUGGGUCCCGAGCAACUACAUCACGCCGGUCAACAGUCUGGAGAAACAUUCCUGGUACCACGGGCCCGUGUCCCGCAACGCCGCCGAGUACCUGCUGAGCAGCGGGAUCAACGGCAGCUUCUUGGUGCGGGAGAGCGAGAGCAGCCCCGGCCAGAGGUCCAUCUCGCUGAGAUACGAAGGGAGAGUGUACCACUACAGGAUCAACACUGCUUCUGAUGGCAAGCUCUACGUCUCCUCAGAGAGCCGCUUCAACACUUUGGCGGAGUUGGUUCAUCAUCACUCGACUGUGGCGGACGGGCUCAUCACCACUCUCCAUUACCCGGCCCCCAAGCGCAACAAGCCCACCGUCUACGGCGUGUCCCCCAACUACGACAAGUGGGAGAUGGAACGCACGGACAUCACCAUGAAGCACAAGCUGGGAGGCGGCCAGUAUGGAGAGGUGUACGAGGGCGUGUGGAAGAAAUACAGCCUGACGGUGGCCGUGAAGACCUUGAAGGAGGACACCAUGGAGGUGGAAGAGUUCUUGAAAGAAGCCGCAGUGAUGAAGGAGAUCAAGCACCCCAACCUCGUGCAGUUGCUGGGGGUCUGCACCCGGGAGCCCCCGUUCUAUAUAAUCACUGAGUUCAUGACCUAUGGGAACCUGCUGGAUUACCUGCGGGAGUGUAACCGGCAGGAGGUGAACGCUGUGGUGCUGCUGUACAUGGCCACGCAGAUCUCGUCAGCCAUGGAGUACCUGGAGAAGAAGAACUUCAUCCACAGAGAUCUUGCUGCCCGAAACUGCCUGGUAGGGGAGAACCACUUGGUGAAGGUGGCUGAUUUCGGCCUGAGCAGGUUAAUGACAGGGGAUACGUACACAGCCCACGCCGGGGCCAAGUUCCCCAUCAAGUGGACAGCGCCAGAAAGCCUGGCCUACAACAAGUUCUCCAUCAAGUCCGACGUCUGGGCGUUUGGAGUACUGCUUUGGGAAAUUGCUACCUACGGUAUGUCACCUUACCCAGGAAUUGACCUGUCCCAGGUAUACGAGCUGCUAGAGAAAGACUAUCGCAUGGAACGCCCGGAAGGCUGCCCAGAGAAGGUCUACGAACUCAUGCGAGCAUGUUGGCAGUGGAAUCCCUCCGACCGGCCCUCCUUUGCUGAAAUCCACCAAGCCUUUGAGACCAUGUUCCAAGAGUCCAGCAUAUCAGAUGAAGUGGAAAAGGAACUGGGGAAAAAAGGUGUGCGAGGGGUUGCGAGUACUUUGCUGCAGGCCCCAGAGCUGCCCACCAAGACGAGAACGUCCAGGAGAGCCGCGGAGCACAAAGACCCCACUGAGGUGCCCGAGACGCCCCACUCCAAGGGCCCAGGAGAGACCGAUCCUCUGGACCACGAGCCCCCUGUGUCUCCACUGCUCCCUCGAAAAGAACGAGGUCCCCAGGAUGGCGGCCUGAAUGAGGAUGAGCGGCUUCUUCCCAAAGACAAAAAGACCAACUUGUUCAGUGCCUUGAUCAAGAAGAAGAAGAAAACGGCCCCAACGCCCCCGAAACGCAGCAGCUCCUUCCGGGAGAUGGACGGCCAGCCCGAGCGCAAGGGGGCCGGCGAGGAAGAGGGCCGAGAAACCAGCAACGGGGCACCGGCUCUCACACCCUCGGACGCAGCCGAGCCAGCCAAGUCCCCAAAGCCCAGCAGCGGGGCUGGCGUCCCCAACGGAGCCUUCCGGGAGUCCGGGGGUGCAGGCUUCCGGUCUCCCCACCUGUGGAAAAAGUCCAGUACGCUGACCAGCAGCCGCCUAGCAGCCAGCGAGGAGGAGAGUGGCGGCAGCUCCAGCAAGCGCUUCCUGCGGUCCUGCUCGGCCUCCUGCGUGCCCCACGGAGCCAGGGACACCGAGUGGAGGUCUGUCACACUGCCUCGGGACCUGCAGUCCACGGGCAGGCAGUUCGACUCGUCCACGUUUGGAGGGCACAAAAGCGAGAAGCCGGCUCUGCCUCGGAAGCGGGCGAGUGAGAACAGGUCCGACCAGGCGACCAGAGGCACGGUGACUCCCCCACCCAGGCUGGUGAAAAAGACCGAGGAAGCAGCCGAUGAGGUCUUUCGAGACGCGGGGGAGUCCAGCCCGGGCUCCAGCCCCCCAAGUCUGACUCCAAAACUCCUCCGCAGGCAGGUCACGGGGGCUCCUUCCUCUGGCCUUCCCCACAAGGACGAGACCGCCAAGUCCGGUGCCUUGGGGACACCUGUCGCAGCUGAGCCGGUGCCCCCCGCCAGCAGAGCAGGGCCAGGUGCGUCCGGAGGGACCGGCAAGGCCCCCGCCGAGGAGCCCAGAGCGAGGAGGCACAAGCCUUCCUCCGAGUCCCCGGGGAGAGACAAGGGGAAACUGUCCAAGCUCAAACCUGCCCCACCGCCCCCGCCGCCGGCCUCCGUGGGGAAAGCCGGGAAGCCCGCUCAGAACCCGACCCAGGAAGCGGCCGGGGAGGCCAGCACUGGCGGGAAAACGAAAGCCGCGGCUGUGGUCGUGGAUGCUGUGAACAGUGACGCCAUCAAGCCCAGUCCGCUGGGAGAGGGCGUCAAAAAGCCCGCGCUCCCAUCCGUGCCAAAGCCGCAGUCGUCCGGCAAGCCAGCGGGGGCCCCAGCCGGGGCGGCGCCCGCCCCCUCCACGCUGCCAUCAGCAGCCUCCGCCCUGGCCGGGGACCAGCCCGCGUCUACUGCCUUCAUCCCUCUCAUAUCGACCCGCGUGUCUCUUCGGAAAACCCGCCAGCCUCCGGAGCGGAUCGCCAGCGGCACCAUCACCAAGAGCGUGGUCCUGGACGGCACCGAGGCCCUGUGCCUGGCCAUCUCCAAGAACUCCGAGCAGAUGGCCAGCCAUAGCGCCGUGCUGGAAGCCGGCAAAAACCUGUACACGUUCUGCGUGAGCUAUGUGGAUUCCAUCCAGCAGAUGAGGAACAAAUUCGCCUUCCGCGAGGCCAUCAACAAACUGGAGAAUAAUCUCCGGGAGCUUCAGAUCUGCCCGGCGACAGCAGGGAGUGGCCCGGCGGCCACUCAGGACUUCAGCAAACUCCUCAGCUCCGUGAAGGAGAUCAGUGACAUCGUACAGAGGUAGCAGAAGCCGGGCAUGAGGCCGGCCGGAGCCGCCUGCAGUGCGUGAAGGCUUCCCCAUGCCUGCGACAGUGGCCGACACCAGACCAGUGAGUUGGGACCUUGGCCCGGGAGCGCUGCGCCACACGGAGCCAAGGGCCACUGUGGAACACAGCCCGACUACCUGUGUUUUGUGCCAACUGUCCCGCACUUCCCCCUCCCCCAUCCCGAGCUCCCUGAGUCGCCUCUGUCCCGAGUUCUAUCUGUGGAGUUCCUGCUCUGUGGACUCCGGUCGGCCCGCCGGCCUCCUCCCCACGUAGUGCUCCAGAACUGAGCUCUUCCGGCCAGGGGUGAAAGCAGACGAGCAUAUUUCCUUUCCACUGGUCUUUCUGGAGGCCCUCCUCUGGGGAUGCCUUCUCCUCCGCUUCCCGCGGGAAACGAGCGCCCUGACCAGGAGCCUUGUCACCGAGGCCCGAGGAACUGUCCUCCCCACCUACCCCAUGGGGGGAGCCGGCGCAGAAGACCCGUCUCCAGAACUACAUCCUGGGAAGCGCUUGCCAGCUGGUCACUCUGCCCUCCGUUGCUGCCGGGGGCUGGUGCCCUCACAUUGCCUCGUGUGAAGGACAGCUCUUGAUUUGGGGGGUGAAACGGGGUGCUAAAACCAGCCGGCCCUUGGGUCCUUGCUGUCUUGUGGCACUGCUCGGCCUGGAUGGAAAGCCGGAGUCUGAAGGGUAGGAGGGUCGCAGUCCGGCGUGCAGGGUCAGGGGAGGCAGGCAGGGUGGCUGGCUGGGGGAACAGCUGGUACCCAGAUGGCCCGGGGCUGGGCCCAGCCUACCUUCUUUUCAGGCUUCCAGGUGCCCAGAAAAGGCACUUGGUCUUGAUUUCUGACCAAUCUCCUUCUCCUCCCUUGUACUCCUCUGAGACCAAGUAGAUUCAUGCAGAGCUCUUUCCUGUGUGACAAGCCAACCUUUAGUUUUCCGGAGCAUUUCAUGGCUCUGAGCUCAGCCCAGUCGCCUCCGGCACAGAAGGACUGGCCGCCGGCGCACGGGAGAAGGACUGUGGCACCAAAGCCCCAACCGUUGCUGGCUGUGCGCUAAGAGGCCAAUGUCCUGUUGAAUCGCCACGAGCAACAACACGCAGCCCACUGUUUCUGCUGGGGUUUUCAGGGAUGGAGAAAACCACAAACAGAUGAAGCCCAGAAAGUGUCUCCAAGAGCAGGCCUCGGUCUCCUCUCCCCAGGCUGCCCAGGACCAGGCCCUCCAGCCAGGGGCCCAGGCCGCCUUGACCUUGACCUAGAGCAGCUGCUGAAGGCGGGGGGCAGGCACCUGCCUGGGCCUCCUGCCGGGCCCAGGCGCGACCACCUUCCACCCCCAUACCCCCGUGACCUCACACCGGCCUCAUCACCCGAACUUGUUCUUUAUUUCUCUAGUAGAGAUGGUUCCCUCUGCAUCGAUUUGUGCUGUCCUCACAGCUCAUCACCUCUUUGCCCCCUCCCCCCCCCCAGACUUCUGUGUCACACAGACUGAGGGAGGUGCUAGAACACCACCAGCGGCCUUGCAGACAAAGCAAAACCGACCCCACCCAGGUCCCCUCGACCGCCUCUUUCUAUAAGGUACUGAUUUUUUUUUGUUGUUCACAUGACGUGCCACUAUAUUUUGCAUUUAUAUCUUGGUAUUACACUCUUUUAUAGACUUGGUCUUUUAUAAAUGACAUGUAAAUAGUUUUCCACUAUUUUCCCUUCUCAAAUGCCUAUGGUGUCUUUUUUUUUUUUUUUUUUUUUUUGGUCCAGUACAUUUUGUUUCUGUAUAUGACUCUGUUUUUUGAAUCCACAUCUCUCCGUAGUAUUUUUUAAAUAAAUGUUUACAACGUUAGAACUCGGGCAGAUGGGUCUGGUCUGUCAUUUUCCCUGUCCCUCCGGGCUGUGGUGUGCAGACGGGAGGGAGGGGGUCCUCGUUGCCCUUAAGGGGCUGGAGGCUCCGGGGUGGGUUUUACAGGAGCGCAGUGGGAAUCCUGCAUCCGGGCAUCUUCCUCGGCCUGCCAAAUGCGGUUUCUCUCCCUGCCCUGGCCUCUGGCCCUUCUUGUGCCCUUGACACGGAUCUGCCAGCAGCACUGGGCGUGGGCCCUGCCUCCGAAUCGGGAGGAAGAGGAGUCCAAGGGCUGUUCCAGCUGUCAGGCCGUCACAGCGUCAUUGAAUCGGGAGGAAGUACGUCCUGGGCUCCACUGGCCUGGAAGCGAUAGUCCCUCCACAGGUGCGCCUUUUUCCUCUGCCUGUGACCCCGCCUCGGCACCCCGCCGGCCCCCGAAGCGCCCCUCGCGCGCUGUGGCCCACCCGCCCCGUGUCUCCUUUCUCUGUGCGCACGAGGAGGGGCAGGGGGCCUGGAAAUGCCACCUGCAGCGCCGUGGCCUCUCCCAGCCCCCCACCGAGGGGACCGAGGGGACCGAGGGGGCGCGUGCGGCCGUUUCCUCGUCUGGGCCUGCAUUUAACGCCAGCUGACAGCUUGGAAAGUGGCAGUCGGGGAAGUGAGUGGUGCUGUCUGAUAAUGAUACUUAUUAAGCCAGCAGCCUUGUCAGGGGACACGGGUCCUGCUCACCAGAGCGUGUGCAGGACCACGGUUGAGUGGACCCUCCGCGGCUGCCGUGCUGCCUGUCUCGGGCCGGAGGUGAGGCCGCCGGCCUGCGGCGAGGGCUGGUGGGACCGCGGGGUGUGCCCGCACCCGAGGGCUGCAGGAGCCCCUCCCUCUUUUCACGGAGGCCCGGGCCACGCCCUGUCCAGGUCAGCUCUCCCAAGUCAGGGGGCCUUCCUCGAGGGACAGCUCUGGCGUCGGAAAGACGACGCACGGUGACUUGGAGUGACGGCCGCAACCGACGGGCUGCUUCCUCCGUGCCAGACGUGGGCCCGGCCCAGAGUCUUCACGGAGCCCUCUUAGAGCACAUUGUCCCGUUUUCUUGACGCCCAGCAGUGAGGCUGCAGCCGGGCACGGCCCUCGCCUGGCGUCCCGUGCCUGUCACCGCGGUGGCUGUGCCAGGGGGAAGUACAGGUCUUCUCUCAAAUAAGAACGUUCCGUGUGUCACCCGAGCUUCAGAAACUUACUUGGGUCUAGCCGUUCCAGGACCGUGGUUCCUGCCCUUGGUCAGGUCACAGAGCCCCUUGAGGACUUCGCGCACCUGGAUCGAGGCCCCGAAAACCCACGUCCGUGCACACGCGGUUUUCGGGUGAUUUCGAGGCCUGCCCUCCAGGUCCGGAACCAAGGAGCGCCCGAGGGUCAAGCCUGCCAGAAGGGCCAGCAGCUGCCGUUGAUGCUGUUUUCACAAAAUCCAAGCCCAAACGUCAGAGUGAGGAUCGCAGGGAAAAACCCUCAGACUGAAAACCGUCCAGAUGCCGUCAGCACAGAGGAGCAGAACGUUGCGAUGUGUUCACGUAGUGGGAUGUUACGGAGCAGCGGAGACGAACACUCUUGGCCGCAACCCCGCGUGGACACGAGUCACGCGAACGUGACGUUGAACAGAAGCAGCCAGACACGCAGUAGCGAUGCCAGAAACUUCUGUUUAUUUACGGCAACACGGCUAGCCUGUGGUGUCGUGUUAGAAGUCAGGACGGAAGGCCACGCCUGGUUGGGGUGCAGGGGAGCUCUUGGGGGGCAGGUGACACCAUGCUUCUCAGUCUGGGUCGUGCCGGCCAGUGGGUCUGUCACUUGGUGAAAACGGAACUGUGCGCAGAGUGGGAGCCCGUUCUCCAUGUGUGUCAUAUUCCAGUGGGAGUUUUCUUAAAAUCACAGCCCACACGUGGGCGUUCUCAGCCACUACAGAUGCGCCGCGCGUUACCACGUGACAGCCUCUCCCUUUUUUUUGUUUCUAACGAGGGAGGUUCUGUUGCUGUUCGGCAUUUGAUGUGUGAGGAAGUUGAGACUCAGAGAUGUGGAGCAGCUUGCCCCGGGUCACACAGCAUGUGCUGCCAUACUGUGCUGGACUAACUCGUUGAUGGUGGUAGGUGGCCCCAGCGUGGCCAGCAGAAGAGGUCUGGGCUCCAGUCGGGCUCCUCCCUCUGUCGUGGAAGAAAAGAAGUCCAGGAUUGCAGCCAACCCAGCUUCUCAGGUGUUGGGAUGUUUUACGGGAGGCAUUCCCAAAUGGAGUGUCCUGGGGAAUCAAUUUGUAAAUGUUGCCUUGGCACGGAAGGCGUCAGGUGGGACGAGACUGACCGGCCACGGUGUCCCUGUCAUGCCUACCCACCUCCCUGAUGGCGACCCGACACCGUGGGCAGGGCCCCAGCUCCCUGCUCAGAGGACGAAGACCCCGGGAUGUGUUCCAUCCCCACCAGUCUGUCACAUUAGCAGGACAGCAUCCCGGAUCAUCCCUUCCCUGGACAGCGGUAGAAGCCAAAGGGAGUACGAUGUGCCUCCCAGACUCCGUGUCGCUAUCUGGCGCCUGUCCCGGCGGGGCACGCGGAGGGGAGAAGCCGCGAGGAGCUCCAGGGGAAGGCAGCUCACUUUAACCCAAGAACCGCACGCUACACCCGAUGGAACACGCUGUCACGGCCCACUAUGGAUGGAUGUCAGCUCCAGACGUCCCCGUGGAGACUGUCAAAACUUUGACUACCCCGCUGUCAGCAUCAGCCCACCUGCCUUCGGCUUAGCCAGCUUUGCUUAUUCAUAUUCAUGGCCCAGCCCCGUCCACCGAGCAGCUGACACCGCCCAGCCUCCGGGCCGCCUCUCGGCCAGGGGACUGCUGAGACCCGACCCCCCGGGAAGGGGGCUGGAACAGACGGUGGUCUGUGGGCUACAUCAGGGCGGUGCUUGCUGGGAUGCGGCUUGCUUCCUUUUUUGGAUCCCGUCCAGGUUUUGGCCUCAGCCAAGUUGGAAAUCAAAAGGAAGCACCCACCUAAGCCAUCCUACUGCUAAGAACUCAUUAGAAUAUUCCUCACGCCUUCUUAGUAUUCUGGUCUUUCGGGCUCGAGGAGAAGACAGGGCAGGGGGGGUUGGAAGCAGCAGCGGGGAGGGUCCACGGAGAAGCCCCUUCCAGGAUGCCCUGGCCCCUUCACCGCCGGCCAAAGCGGAAGCUGAAGCCGCCUUUCUUCCUGCUGUAACCGCUGAGCUCCUCAGCCAGGGUCCCCAACGGGCCGCUAGCCUUGUCGCCAUCCGCCAGGAGGAAGCCGGUCGCCUCGCUGCCGUCAUCAUGCCUCCCAAACCGGACCCUGAAGCCAGCACUCUGCCUGCCGGACGUCUGCGGCUCCUUGGCCGUGACAGGCGGGCCCAGGGGGUGCGGAGCUCUCGGCCGCCGGGGGGAGCCCCGUGGGAGGGAGACUCGGUGUCCCCCGGGCAGGUGGGCCCAGCCCAUUUCGCCUCUGACGCCACCCGCGGCGGCCUCUUCUGUGCCCAGCAGAGGAAAGCAGGCGCCCAGCGGCAGGAGGAGCAGGCAGUAAGGGCUUAUCAUCUGGCCCGGAGGAAAGAGAGGAACAAGUUACAGGCUGCACGCGUGGGCCUUGCAUGACAACCUGUCAAGUGCUUCCCAGGGCCCGGGCAGCCAUCAAAGGCUGGGGGAUCAGCUGAGCCCAACUUGCAGGCAGCUUGAGGAAGUGUCACUAUGCUGGGGGAGCAGGCCUUUAUUUUCUUAGCAGGCUCAGGAGCUGAUUGUACCAAUUAGGCUGAGUCUCCUCUCCCGUGGUCCCCUGGAUCUGACGGCCUUGGCAGCUUAGCAUUCGGAUAACCCCCCACUGCUGGGACGGCAUACAGCCGGGCGGAGGGGGGGGUGCCCGUAGUCCCCGAGUGCUGCACAAACUUGGGCUCGGUCUCCUUUUAUUACAAUUUAAAAAAAAAUUUUUUUUUAACGUUUGUUCAUUUUUGAGAGACAGAGUAUGAGCGGGGAAGGGGCAGAGAGAGAAAGGGGGACACAGAAUCUGAAACAGGCUCCAGGCUCUGAGCUGUCAGCGCUUAGCCCGACGCGGGGCUCGAACUCACAAACUGCGAGAUCAUGGCCUGAGCUGAAGUCGGACGCUCAACCGACUGAGCCACCCAGGAGCCCCGAAUAAUUACUGACUCUUGGGCCACAUCAUCUCAGAGCCACAAGGUAGGGAAUGAACAGCAUCGAUCUGUCUUAGUCUUCAACUCGAUGCUAAACGGGCGUAGCUAAGCCGCGUAGCUGGGACACCUAAUGUCUCUUUACCACGGAAACGAAUUGCUCCCGGAAGCUGGAAUGGAUUUGAUGUUCCUGGCCUAACGCGCCCACCUGGGGAGAAGCAUGUGGACGUGGCCGGGCUGUCAGUGAUCCCUACAGAGCACCACCCACGUGCCAGGCCCUGAGCUAAAACCUGUGAGCCCCGUCCGUGUGACCUCGGCAGACUGUCCUCACAGUAAGCAUGUUUUCAGCCGAGAAGACUGUCAAGAAGGCCAGGAGACUGGACCACAACUAGAAAGCGGAGGCCCUGAGAUUCAUGAUUCUAAUGGCCGGACAGCUUGGCGCACCGGGUGUGUGGGCAGCGCUUUGUGGCCCUGUCCAUCCGGUGCCGCCCUCACGUCCCUCCCGCAGGAGGGUCUCACUCCCUUUGACAGAGGGGGCCGUGCCCAAGCAGGUGACGUGCCCAAGACGUCACGGCUUUAUAAGUGACAGAGCCGGGAUUCAAGCCCAGGUCUAAGUGACUCAGAGCCACUACUCUACCCCAUGGAUGGCAGUCCAUGGGGGGAUUUGAAACAGAAAUAGAGCUUCCCAAAAUGCCCCUG